AGGACUGGUCUCGUGAUGGCGCCGAGCUCCAUGAACAGCUCAAGGCUUGCCGUCGAUGAGAUGUGUAGAAAGAAGGUGAGAGCACAUGGAGAUGAGAGGAGGCCAUCGAAGUCGAUCUUUUCGCUCGGACCCCGAUGCGACAUGUGAACUCGUAACGAUGAAACAGCUAUUCCCAUGCUACGCCGCUGUCUUGGCCAUGUGCUACCAUAUUCGCCAUGAGCCCCAGGCUGCACUCGGGCUACACUGCUGCUCAGAUACAUCAAUACUACGAUCGCAUCAAUCUUCCCGCCGGAUAUCGCCAUGAGCCAGGUCACGCCAGCACACACGUCGCCUCACAGACUUCGACAGGUCUGGAGCUCUUGAGCGCUCUUCAGCGCUACAACCUCGCCAAUAUUCCGUUCGAGAAUUUAGACCUUCACUAUAGCUCCCACCAUAGCAUCAGCAUCGAUCCUCAAGAGAUAUUCGAAAAGAUCGUCCUUAGAGGUGAUGGAAAAGGAGGAAGAGGUGGAUACUGUAUGGUGAACAAUGCCCUCUUCGCAAACGUCCUACGCGGCCUUGGGUUCCAUGUGACUAGCCACGGCGCCCGUAUCAGCAGCUCAGUGAGCGCUGCGAAAGACAUUCCUCUAGCCGACGUCUCCUUCUCAGGCUUCAGCCACAUGGUCAACCUGGUCACCUUCGCGGACAACCCAAGCCUCAAAUAUCAGGUUGAUGUAGGCUUCGGAUCCGGUGGUCCCACUGUUCCGUUCCCUCUACAACAUGAUGAGAAGGGCAAACUCAAUAUAGAGCCAAACGACUGGGCCAGAGUCGUCCACUCGGCCAUCCCAGGUACUGCCUCGGACCAGAAAUUCUGGAUUUAUGAAAAACGCACAGGCGAUCAGAACUGGAGUCCUUGCUACUGCUUCGCAGAGACCGAGUUUCUCGAUGUCGAUUUCAAGGUAAUGAACUACUGGACUAGCACAUCGACUGAAUCUUGGUUUACCAAGAUACCUGUAUGCCUCAAGAUGAUCUUGAAUGAGAGUGGAGACAAGAUCGUGGGUCGUAGGAGUGUUUUCAAGACGAAUUUCAAGAAGGAGGUUAGCGGCAGUGCCCCGGUCAGUAGAGAGUUGAUAUCGGAGGAGGAGAGAAUCAAGGCGAUUGAAGAAGAGUUUGGCAUCCCUUUGAGUGACGAGGAGAAGAAGGGCAUACAUGGUAUGGUGUCUGAGAUCUCAUAGAUUGGUCUAGAAGUAAACGAUAUUUUGCUGGAACCUAUCAGCUAAAGUCGGUGACCACGGCAUAAGACUGUCCAGCUUUCGACAAGUCGAAAACCGAUCCGAGUGACAAGCAACCUCAAUCAGACCAGCGAACAUAUCAGUCAGGUCUUGUCAAAUUGUUCGUCCUGUACAUGCCAACAUCUAUGUGUUCACGGG